AUGGAAGAACACCUUAGCGACAGCGGCAGCAAACCGCAUUACGCGAUCGUUGCUGGCAUUUUUGCGACUAGCGGUAGUCUUCUGGGCAAACUCGCUGGCGGCGCUGAUGCAUCGUCAUUGCUGAUGCUAUUACUGAAAGGCGCGCUUCUGGUCUUUAUGAUCGUGUGCAAUACCGUGGGAUGCAUGUUUUUUGUCAAAGCGCUUCAUGGGAGCGGAUCUUCCUUGCCAGUAACAGUCGCUAGUGCAGCUACAAAUUACGUUUGUUCGGCUCUCGUAGGUUUCAUCGUAUUUGGCGAAUCCACGUCAUUAACUUGGUGGUGCGGAACAUCCUUGGUACUUUUUGGUUUGGUUCUAAUUUGCUACAUUCCUACUGAAAAGGAUACUUCCACUGUCGAGAAGAAAUUAAAACAGCAGUAG